UAAACUAAGCGAUUACAGUACUGUAUUAAAAUGGAAUACAUUUGCAGGAAUUUAAAAAUGCUUUUUACGGAAGUGCCUUUUGGCGCGUUUUAUUUAAUUUCCGGGCGUUGCGAGACGAGUUUAGCUAGCGGACUUUGCGGAAGGCAUUGCAGUGUCUUAACAUUUCUUCAAACUCUACAGAUGGCAAACGCGACCCGCUUUCUUUAAUAGGCCAAUGUGGCGAUUCAACAGUUUGUCCUAAAAUUAGAGGUCAUUUGUCAUCUUGUUGCAAGCCCAACUCGAGUAAUGGAAGAAGCAAAACAGGAAGAAACGAGUGCGAAGAGGGUUUUUGUUUGUGUGUCCAAUAGAAGCCACGUGGAAAUGAACGAAGCACGGGGCGGAUUUCCACACCGGCCUCGUCCCGUCAACGUCUUCCUCGGCGACAAGCGCGGUCGUGUCAUGGCGGCGCGUGCACGUGCGCGUCUGCGCGUGGACGCCAUUGGCCGCCCGUCCUCUCGCUGACGUCGUGCGAUGUCAUUUCUCCCGCAGGAAGCCGAGCUGCUUGGAUGGGCUGUCGCUGCCCUAUUGGACCAACAUGGGCCCGCACGGCGUCGGGCGAGCCGUCCGCCGGCUGGAAUUCGGCAACUGCAAGCGAGGACUCGGUGUCAAGAUCAUCGGCGGCUACAGAGAAACGACGGGAGAGGACUUUGGCGUCUUCAUCAAGAGAGUCGUCGCCGGAGGGCUGGCCGCGCUCGACGGUCGGCUUCAGCCGGGCGACCUGAUUGUGGACGUGAACAACAUCAGCCUGAGCGGCGUCACCAAUGACAGGGCGGUGGAGAUCCUGAGGACGGCGUCGCUGUCCAAUCGCAUGUCGCUGCUGGUUGCCAGGGACGAUGAUUCCAGGCGGGAGUUUUCCGAGCUGAUGGAGAAGUACGGCUCCGCCCCCUCGGCGCCGUCCGGCCGCAUCUCCCCGACUCGGCAGUCUGCAGGCAAGCCGCCGGACGCCGCCGCCUCGGCGUCCGAGAGCCCCCGGCCGCUCGGCCCGAAAGAAGGAGCCCCUGUCUACGCCCAUGCGGCCACGCCCGCUUUCAGCCACAGCGUAAUCCAGUUGAUCUGCAUCGCCAAGGGCAGCGGCCUGGGCCUGGUCGUCAAGGGCGGGGCCAACCGGGCCGAAGGUCCCAUGGUCUUCAUCCGGGACAUCGCGGCGGGAGGCGACUGCCAGAAGGACGGCAGGCUGCAGGUGGGAGACCAGCUGGUGUCCGUCAACAAGGAAUCGCUCAUCGGCGUGACGUACGAAGAGGCCCGGACCAUCCUGGCCCGCACCAAACUCAGACCGGAUCCCACCGUGGAAGUGGCCUUCAUCCGGCGUCGGACUUCGUCCGGCUCCAGCAGCGGCCCUCGCAGCCCCGUGGUCGGGGGGCCCCGCGGCGGUCCGCCGCCGGUCCCGGUCACCGAGCUCGCCUCCGGCCGGAUCGGCCAGCAGGCGCAAGCGAGUGCAGCUGAGCCCGAGCCUGAGCCCGACCCCGACGUGGACGGCGGCAGCUGUCAUCUCAAAUUGGAGCAAAUUGAAAAGGCUCUGGACCUGCUGGGCCUGAAGCCGUCGGACGCUCGGCGCCAGGCGUUCCGGUCCCGACUGCGAGCCGACCCGGCGGGGACGGUGACCCGCGCGGAUUUGGAGAGCGCCAGCAGGGAGGCGUUCGGGCCUCGGCCGGACGAGGCCGCUGCCGCCCGCGCGGGGUCAAAGUUCACGUGCGAUGACCUGUUGAGUCUGCUGGAGGUGCCCGCUUGCAGCCCGUCGACGUCGGCUCGUGACGACGUGGAACGCCUGAGGAAGGCGAACGCGGAGGCGCUGGCGGAGAUCAAGAGGCUGCAGGAUCAACUGUCGGAGUGUCGCGGGGUCCGGCAGCAGAUGGCGGAGGAGCUGGACGUCGUCAAACUGGAAGCCAAGGCGGCCGCGGAGGAGACGCGGACCCUGCGGGCUCGCGUCCAGCUGGCCCAGGAGGCCCGGAAGCAAGCCUGCGGGAUGGAGAUGGACUACGAGGAGGCGGUCCGGCUGCUGGAGGCCGAGAUCGCCGAGCUGAAGGCUCACAGGGCCAGAGAGGCCCCUCCCCCUCCCCCUCCCCUUCCGGACCACAAGGAGGAAAGCGAGCGGCUGGAGAAGAAAGCGGCCGUGCUGGAAAGUCAGCUGAGAAAGAGCGACGCCGCCAAGAAGACUUUGGCGAUGUCCACCGCAAAACUGCUGGCGUUUGUCCAGAAUGUUCAAGAAUAUCUGCUUGAAGGACUCGGGCCCACCAAGAGCUUCAGUUGCGUGACCGCGGAGGGGGUCCCUCAAGGCGGACCCUCGCGACACGAGAAGAGUUCGUGGACGGCGGCGGCGUUGGCCAAGCGAGCGGACGAGCUGAGCGCCAGCGUCAGGAACGUCCUGGAAGUGGACGCGUGUCGGCCUUCGUCACGUCCCCCCCGAUUGUGAUUUUGACUCCGCUUUGAAGUUUAUGAAAGAAUUGAUGAAUAGAAAGAUUUGAUUAUCAAGUAUUUUGAUGCUUGCUCAUGAUCAAAGUCCAAGUGCAGUUAAGGCGAAGAAGUGGCUUCAGUGGGCAAAUCCGUCGCGAUGUUAAGACCCGAAAUUGGUGACUGGCCUUUUGCGGGACUCCUCCCCCAUUUUUCAGCGCUGACCUUCUAGUGCGCAACCCCCCCCUUCUCGCAUCUUGGCCCGGCGUGCGCUAGCCCGACGUUGACAAUUUUAUGGAUGGCGUGACUUUCCUUUCCCUGAUGGAAUGAACGGAAAUGCGACGGAUCUCUCGGAGCUUCCCCCGAAUCAACAAGGACGACAAUUUUUGCCGUUUGUGUUUUUUUGUGUGUUUUAAUGAGAGAGAAAAGAGCAGCGUAAAGUAUGCGACGUCAUUUCAUCAAAAAAAUGUGGCAAGAACAUAAAAAGUAUGUUUAAAAAAAAAUGGAAAUGCAAAGAAGGGCGUUUUAUUCCCCUCCUUUUGACGUCGUCCUGCCGCAAUCCCGAGAAAGUGCGCAAAGACGACGAUGUCAAGAAAAGUCUUUUGAGCCAAGAUGGCCACUUGCAGUCUUCCAGCACAAAGGUGGCUCUUACCUAAUGACCUCACACACAUGAUGAAAAGGGACGGAGGGAGGAAGAAAGUAGGUCGUGUGGACGCGGGAGUUUUCCUUGCAGCCGCCUCCCGUCUGCUUUUUGUCAGCUGCGUCCUCAUCACCUGUUGCUAGGAUACCAAAAGGCGCAUUUGUGCGCUUUGUUCUUGUUUGUUUGUCUUGCUCAAUAAAGCUUCGUUCCUCCUCGGUGUCAUAUUUUGAAGAGCUUCAAGUUGUUUUUGCUGGCGUUUUAAGAUUACAAUUUUUUUUUUUGGGCGGGGGGGACACAAGAUUUUGUCAAUUUAACUCAUUUUUGGGGAUUUUUUUUUUUUAUACAAUAGCGUCAGGAAAUUUUCACUUGAGCUUUUAAUAGUUUUUUUUUUUGUUUUGUUUUACAUUUUGUGGUUAUCCUUGGUGACAAUUUUGUCACAUCUUUGGUUGCCUUUUUAUGUUUUUGUUACCUUUUCAGUACAUAGGAUUAUUGGUGUCAUGCUUUUGUUUUUUUUUUUUUUGUUACAUUAUUUUGCACUAUGUAUGAAUUUUUGUGAUAUUUUCUGGCAUUUUAAUGUUUUUGAUUUGGGGAAAAAGGUCAUUUUUGUGAUAUGGUUCAUGCUUUUGUCACUUGUUUUUCUCUCAUUUUUGUUGAAAUUAAUAUUUUUCUUUUUUACUGUUUUUGAUAACAAUUGGUCACAUUUUUGUUGGCUUUUUUGCGUUUAUUUUAAUUUUUACGGUGACAAUUUGUCAUAUAUUUGAUUGCUUUAGGCGUCUCCGUUACUUUUAUGUAUUUAUUAUUUUUUGGGGGGUACCGUUUCCAAUGCAAUGACAAAUUGGCUCCAUUUUUUUUCAUUUUUUCUUGCAAUUUUUAUCAUUUGUUUUUGGUUUCUUUGUACUACAUUUUUGUCACAUUUGGUUCUAUUUUGUUCCAUUUCUUUUUGUUGCAUUUCAUUUUUUUCUCUUCCAUCUUUGUAGUUUGUGUUUUAUCUUUAACCAUUUUAGUCAUUGUUUUACUGUUUAUUUCUGGUUUUGGGGGUGACUGUGAAACCCUAAAAAUGUCAAUCGCUUCCUCAUAUUCACACGUAAAAUUUCGGAGCCGGUUUUGUAAUCAGAACUCCAGGGAAAUGUUUUUUUUUUUUUUUUUUUUUUUACAAAAAUGAUUGCAACAUCUCAAUGUUAUCAUUUAUGACAAGGACAAUUUGAAAUGUUGCCGCAUAUUUUGAACAAGAACCGCAGAAGUCGACGCGCACGAUUUGCUUUUCCGGGCCACAUGAAGUCGCGCGUCGGGCCGGCUCCUGCCCCCGGGCCUCGACUUUGACACCUGGGUCUGCUUUUGUUCCAUUUUGUCCUUUUUUUUUUUUUUUUUUUUUUUUGUUGCUUUGUGUUCCACGCGCGUUAUGUAAAUCCCGUGCCAAUUGCUAACGGCUUCUUUGUUUUCUUUUGUCUCUGAGAAGUGAAAGUUGUUUUCUUAUCAGCGUGAAACUGUCAAUAAAGUUUGCCGUCUUCUGA